AUGGACUACAUGAAUCUGCACCAGUCGGCUCAUGGCGGGCGGGAGUUCGGUUUUGCGGCCAGCCGCCUGCGCAAAAGCCGCCAUGUUAUCGCAGGCCACUGGCAGGACCUGGAAAUACAGCGUGAAUUUGCCGCCUGGGCCAGAGUCGCACGGGGUUGGGCGGAGUCGCAAACAUGCCGCGUGGCACGCUUUGGCGACAACAUGCGCAAUGUCGCUGUGACCGAAGGCGACAAAGUCGAAGCCCAGAUCCAGCUGGGCUGGCGCGUCGAUGGUUAUGGCCUGGAUGAUUUAUACCGCGCAAUGGAUGAGGCCCAGGAUCAGGUACCGCAAAUCGUCGAAGCCUGUCUGGAUGAAUACAAUGUUGCAGCAGAAUUACAAAAGGGCGCGAGCCAGCACCACGCACUGGUCGAAUCCGCCCGGAUCGAAGCCGGGAUACGCCAUUUUCUGGUGCAAGGGAAUUUUUCUGCAUUCACCACCACGUUUGAAAAUUUAGGGAACUUGCCACAGUUGCCGGGGCUGGCGGUACAGCGCUUAAUGAAGGAAGGUUAUGGCUUUGGUGCCGAAGGCGACUGGAAAACAGCCGCGUUGUUAUAUAUCGUCAAGGUCAUCGGACUGAACCAGGAGGGUGGUGCUUCUUUUAUUGAGGAUUAUACCUACCACUUCGGCGAAGAAGCCGCCUGCCUGGGGGCCCACAUGCUGGAAGUCUGCCCCAGUAUUACCACAGAGCAACCGAUCUCGGUAUCUUCCCCUGGGCAUCGGCGGCAAAGCCGACCCUGUGCGUUUGCUUUUUGGUGCCAGUCAUCAGGUUAA